AUGAGUAUCGACGCAGGAGAAACAGCAGAAAAACGGCCUGAUGGCCCCGAAGCCUGGAUCCUAGGCAGCGGCACCGCAGCGCUCUCAACGGCCCUAUAUCUCAUCCGCAUCGUCAACAUCGCCCCCCGGAACGUGCACAUCCUGGACUCUCACGGCUCCCUUGGCCAGGCCCUGCAUGACAGAGGCGACCACGUCACCGGGUACGACCAGUUCGCGGGCUGUCUCCCUGUUCCGGUCGGGGAGCCGCUGAAGGAUGUUCUCGCCCUUGUGCCUUCUGUGAGGGAGUCGGGGCACUCCGUCUUCGAUGAGAUCGAGGCUGCGCGGUACAGACGCACCUCGUCUUCUUCGUGUCGGAGGGAUGGGUAUACACGAUUUCUCCUGCAAAGGGACGACGCGCUGAACCUGGUUCCGACGAAAACGUUGAAUCUGAGUCUCCGGCUGCGAAUCGCGCUGGUGCGACUCCUGCUAAAGAGCGAAGAGGGGCUGCAACGGAAACAGGUGCAGGAUUUCAUGCCGGCGAAGUUCUUCAGCAGUACCUUCUGGGCGAUCUGGUCGGUGCAGUUCGGGUUCCAGCCGUGGCACGGCGCGUGUGAGUUCCGGCGCACGAUCAAGCAGUAUGUGCGAGACUUCCACGGGCUGCCGAUUCUGAGUUGUCUGGAUAUCACGGGGCGGUUCCAGUUCGAGGCGACGUUUUUGCCUAUUUAUCAUUUCCUGCGGAGUCUGGAUGUCGAUUUUCGGUUUGAUGCUAGCGUUAAGGAUAUUCUCACAGAUACAGAACUGGGUUAUGAUGGUGGUGGUGGUAGUAGUAAGGUUGUGAGGCUGGAUCUGGUCGAGAAUGGGUUCGAGGUGCGACAGCCCAUUGGCGAGGACGAUAUCGUGAUUGUAACGAUUGGGUCGACGGUGUCUGGUUCAACGACAGGGACAGACGAACGUCCUCCCUUCGGGACAUCGAUGGAGGCGAGCGAAGCCCUAGAUGAGAACUGGUCGCUGUGGUUAGCCCUGGAGGCGAAGAACCCAGGCUUCGGCGACCCGUAUAACUUCUGCACGCGGCAGACCGAGACUAUGCUGGAGUCGUUCACCGUCACGACGGAGGAUCUAGAGAUCUACGAGCAUAUCUGUGCACUGUCAGAUUGUCCGCCGCACGCCGGGACGUUCAUUGCCCUGCAGGAGAGCCCGUGGCGGAUGAACCUGUGUCUGGCGACGCAGCCGGUCUUCUCGGAGCAGCCCAGCAAUGUGCGCGUCUUUUGGGGCUUUGCGAACUACCCGGAGAGCGAGGGGCGGUAUGUCAAGAAGUCGAUGGUGACCUGCUCUGGGUCCGAGAUUAUGGUUGAGCUGCUGGGCCAUCUGCAUAUCGACGAGAGCCGCCUGGUCGGCAGGACUCGGACGGUGCCGCGUGUGAUGCCGCGCAUGAGUGCGAUCCUGCUGCCUCGUGCGGUGGGCGAUCGACCAGAGGUGAUUCCUAGCAGUAUCGCGAACAUCGGGCUUGUCGGGCAGUUCUGUCAGUUGCCGCAGUAUAGCUGUGUCGACGUGAGUUACAGCGUGCGCACGGCGCAGAGGGCAGUCGAGAAGCUGACGGGGGUGAAGAUGCAGGGGCACGAGAAGGAGAGGCUGCAUGUGUGUACGAUGCUGAAACUGCUGUUCUGGAGGUAA